AUGUCCGACUCCGCGUCUACCAGCGAAACCACGCCCCUCCUCCCGCCAUCACCACCCCCCUCCAAAGUAAACGAAAAAAACAACAAACAUGUCUUCUACACCUGCCUCCUCACCCUCUUCGUCAUCAACAGCGGCGCCUCAAUGUCCAUCCCCCCAACAACCAGCAUCCUGCAAGACCUCCUCUGCGAGCGGCACUACGCCGCCGAAUCCCACGGCACAUUAAGCGUAGCCGACCUCGACUGCAAGAUCGAGCCCGUGCAGUCCUCGCUCAGCAUGCUGCGCGGCAUGCUCGGCCUGAUGACCCUCCUCCCCGGUCUCUUCCUGGGUGUCCCCUACGCCGCCCUCGCCGAGCGCUGGGGCGUCAAGCGCGUGCUCCUCCUCUGCGUCACGGGCAUCGUGCUCGGCGAGACAUGGACGGAUCUCGUGUGCUGGGGUGGAACGGUCUGGAAGUGGCCGCUGCAGCUGAUGUACCUUGCGCCUGUGGCGUAUUUUAUUGGCGGGGGGCCGGCGGUUGGGGGGCCGUUGCUGUUCGUGCUUGUUGCGGAUCAUUCGCCGGUGGAGUUGAGGGCGACGCGCUUCUUCCUCAUGGAGGCGGGCAGUUACUCGGGCACGGUGCUGGGGUUCAUGGCCAGCUCGGCGAUCAUGGAUGCGCAUCUGUGGGGCGCGGUUGUGAUGGGGUGGGCGCUGGUCGUUACGUCGUUUUUCCUGACGCUGUUGUUUCAGCAGGAUCGGGCGGUUGUUCGAGACAGCGAGGACCAGGGCGAUGAUCAUGUCGCGGCGACGCCAGCCCCGGAGGCCAAGUCGACGCUCGCGACGGUGCGCACGGCCAUGGGUCUGUUCAGGGAGCAGACUGGGCUGCUGGUUCUUCUGUUCGGGUUUGUCCUGCGCUACCUCGGGGAUGAAGUCAUGGUGCUGUUGAUCAUCUAUGCGGCGCAGGCGUUUGGGUGGUCGUUUUCAGAGUCCGGGUAUCUCGUCUCCCUGCAGAACGCAACACACCUGGCUGUUCUGCUUCUCCUGCCGGCCGUGAGCCGGCUCCUCACUCGGACACAGACGCGAGAACAGCGCGAGUCCGAAACAGGGCUGUCGAAGCACUUUGCCCUAGCCCGGGGGAGUGCGCUCUUUGCUGCGGUCGGGAGCGCAGGGAUGGCGUUGUCCCGAUCGCCUGUUUUCUUCGUUAUCAGUCUGAUUCUCUACGGCCUAAGCAGCGGGUACAGCCAGUCGAUCCGGUCGAUACUGACGCUCGCCACUCCAGAGGAACACCGCGCGAUCACGUACUCCGUGCUGGGGAUCAUGGAGGCCGCGGGGGCCCUGAUCGGGGCGCCGUUCUGGCCGCUGAUGUACCAGGUGGGCUUGAGGAUGGGAGCGAGAGGGUCGGGGUUUUGGGUGGGACUGCCGUUUGUGAUUUCGGCGGUGCUCAUGGGCAUUGUUUGGGUCAGUGUUUAUGUUGGGAGGGUACGAGCUGUGUAG